CCGGGAUCCCGAUGGAUCCCGGGGGCGCGGGGCCCACGGGAGGGCCGGGAUCCCGGGGACUACCGGGCCCACAGGAGGUCCGCGACCCCCGGCAACCGUUCCGGCGGAGCGGGUCCCCGCCGGGGCAGUGGUGAAGAGCCAGGAGCGGCAGGGGGUCCCCGGGGCCACCCCAGCACCGUGACACCCUGCCACCGGAUCCCGUCGCUCGCCAGAUCCCGGCUGCCGUCACAGACCUGCCAAGAGGGCGGACGGCGCGAGUGGGCUGGGGCACCCCGAUCCCAGGGCGGGGAGGAGGGAUCAGCCAGGCACCGAGCUCUCCACUGGGGUGGGAUCUGGUGGGAUCCCUCGCGGGAAUCCUCUUCUCCUUGGCCCUUCCGCAGGCUCAACAUCGAUGGCCUCCUGGUCUACUUCCCCUACGACUACAUCUACCCUGAGCAGUUCUCCUACAUGCUGGAGCUCAAGAGGACUUUGGACGCCAAGGGCCACGGUGUGCUGGAGAUGCCCUCUGGGACCGGGAAGACAGUGUCGCUGCUGUCGCUCAUCGUUGCCUAUCAGCGAGCCCGGCCACUGGACGUCACCAAACUCAUCUACUGCUCCCGCACGGUGCCAGAGAUCGAGAAGGUGAUCGAGGAGCUGCGGAAGCUGAUGGAUUUCUAUGAAAAGGAGCUGGGGGAGAAGGUGCCGUUCCUGGGGCUGGCGCUGAGCUCCAGGAAGAACCUCUGCAUCCACCCCGAGGUGUCCUCGCUGCGCUUUGGGAAGGAGGUGGACAGCCGGUGCCUGAGCCUUACGGCUUCCUACGUGCGGGCGCAGCAUCAGCGUGACGGAUCCCUGCCUGCCUGCCGCUUCUUUGAG